UGUGGAGAGGGUGGAGUGAUUCAACGCGUUAUCUUCCGCUGACUUUCAUAUGAUAGAGGCAGACGUGUCCACAUAUCUCCUCUCCCCCUCCUCCUCCUCCUCCUCCCACGGCUCCUUCCCCUCGAGCUCCGCCUCGAGCUCCAGCAGCACACCUGGACCACGGAGCGGCAGCAGGGACAGGUGAGGAGGAGACGUCUCCGUCAGCGACAGCGAGAGAAGAAGAAGCGGCCGCAGGCAGCGUGGAGGAGGCGGCGUCUGCGGCGUUGGAGGCUCUCCGACUGUGAAAAAGAUAGAAAGGCAUUAUGGGUGAGGCACCAGCCAGAGAGGAUGGUACAGUGACUCGAUCAGCAGAGUAUGUGGGCUCAUUUCCUGUGGACGACUGCUGUUUGGAUGACCAGAUAGAGCAACUGCACACUCAGCUGAAGUCCCUCAGAACAUGCAAAAGACGGAGGGCUGUAUCCCUAAAAUUCUCCAACAAAGGAGUGAAGAUGUAUAAUGAGGAUGAAACUACACUCCUGAUGGCUCACGCUCUGCGGAGAGUGUCUCUUUCCACAGCCCGGCCCGUCGAUUACCAGUUUGCCUUCGUCUCCCACAACCCAGGCAGCACUGACGCCCAGCUGUACUGCCAUGUCUUUAAAGCAAGGCAUGCAAGAGCGGCACAGUUCCUGAACCUGCUGCUUUGCCGCUGUUUCCAGCUGUCUUACUUAGAGAAACACCCAGAAGAGGCCCAAGAAGACUCUGUUGGCUCAAUGCCUCGUCGCAACCCCUCCCUUCUCAACCACGGCUUCCCUCUCAGUGUUAGCGCCUUGGUGUCCUUCAGGAGAGCCCCUUUUCGAGGGUUGUUGCCGGGCUCUAAGAAGAGUCAAAAGUCUUCGGAUGACCCGCAGAGCAGCCAAGAUGAAGUCUUCCCAUCCUCCUCCCCCUCGCUGGUGCGAAAGAAAGCCAUCCGCACUAAAGUGCUGCGCUCUGGGGCUUACCGCUCCUUCACCUUCACACCACUGAAACAACGCAACGUUCAGGAGCGACUGAAUGCGUCACAAGGAAAGGACCAAGACAAGAAGCAUGUGAAGAGAUCCCGUACUCCCAGUUUGGCCGAAACAGAAGAAGCACUGGCUCAAGCAGUUUGGGCUUGGGCUGGUAUCGCAACUGACAGCAGCUAUUCCCUGCUUGCAGACGAUGUUCUGGGUUCGUACCUCCUGUGUCCACAUCCUAAAAAACCCAAAUGUGGCUCUCUCAUCAUUCGCUUCCCCUCCGGCCUGGUCACCCACCUCAUAGAAAACACCCGUAAAGGGAAAUUCCUGCUGGAGAAAUGCAAGACUGAAUUCAGUUCUCUUGCAGAGCUGAUUGAACACUACACAGAGAAUCAGGGUGAGCUGCCGUGUCUGCUGAGCUGUGCUCGGGUAAACCACUGUUACGAGUGGGAGGAAGAUACCAGCACACAGCAGGCUAUGAAGCCGUUCAAGCGCCUGAGCAAAGCCAAAAUUAAAAGUACCCGUAGAAAGGACUGGGUUUAAACCCUGAAGAGUGGAACUUUUGGAUUUCCAAACUCAGAAUAAGUGGCAACUUUUAUUAUUUUGCACAUAUAAUACCUUUAAAUCACAAUUGGUGUUUUGGGGAGGCUUCACAAGCUGUAUAACACAAUGCACCUAAUAACAGUGUCACUUAUUGUAGCUAGUAUACGAGCCAUUUCAUCAAAGCGUACUUAUUUUGGUUCUUAUUUGAGAGGUGUAAUAUUUCUGUUUUUGCUGGUUUUCAGUUUUCAACAUAAUAUUUUUAGAAAUAUUUUUAUAUGUGCCUUUAAGGCAUCAGGGGAGUUUAUGUGCGUUUUUUAGAUGUGGAACAAAUCGAAAUUGUGGAGUUGAAUUAAUCAUUCACAUUGUUGAACCUCAUGGCAAAGCCAUACUUUUUUCUUGCAUUGUACAGAUGUUGCACAAAUAUAUUUAAUCAAUUUUAUUUUUUUUCUUGAAUUUUAAUCUUGCUUACAUCUUGUCUUCAUGUAUUUAGACUUUAGAUCUGGAAGAUAUGUAAGAAGCAGUCCCUGAUGCUAUGAUCUGUCCUGGUAUAAGAAAAUAUGACACCAAAUAUUUUCUUUCUUCUUGACACCUAAGUACAUUUGUGGUCCUAUGUUGUGGCCAUUUAGAGGGAUAUGUCCAAACUGUCUGUUUUAAAGUUUGUGUGCAGUCACAGUUUACCGGUAAUUUUAACUGGUAAUGUUUGUAUGCAGUUGUACUUUCGUGCUGAUUUUAAUGGUGGUUUAAAGUUAGGUCUUUAUCAUAAGAUUGUUUGUGAUAAUGUUUUCUGGUUCAAGAGGCUGCAUAAGAAUUUUAUUACCAUCCUCUCCUCAGUAGGCCGACAAAUGAUAUUCAUACUGCUCACCCCUGUUUGAGAUUAAACGAGGUGUUCUCUUUUUUCAACCCACA